AUGGAUGCCGCGGAAUUUGCCCCAUUCCAGGACAAGGUGACGUCCUCUUUGGUCCAAGUCACCCGCACUGUGAAUCAGUUGGCGUCGGAGGAUUUGAACUUUCACCGAACCUCUAGCGCAGAGUUGACCGAGUCAAUCGACGAACAGAGCGAACGAAUCCUUUCUUUAGCUUCAGCUGUUUUAAAAGCUGCUACCGGAGAAACAGAUCUGCCCUUGCCAAAAUUAGAGGAUGAAGAGUCUAUCGAGGAUAACUGGCGCGGCGUUGUUGACGUGAUCGAUUCGUUAUUGGAAAAGGCAGAUGCAUGUCUUGAUGAGUUUACAGGCGUGAUCAAAAAGUUGAGCCCCUCACAAGAAGAGCAAGCAGCGGCCGCGAAGAAACCGCAGAAGUUCCCGACUAUCUACGACUACGGCCCGUCGAAGAUUCCCAAGCCUCAGCUGUUGUUUGAUCGCAAAGUUGAUAACUCAGACAUCGGCCCUUUCAAACCUCUUCUUCGAACCAAACCACACGAAAUCACACCCUUCAAGCAGUCGCUCAAGACUCAGCAAAUAGAAGGCAAAGAGGCAUACGCAAGCCCCUACGAUGCCGAAAUUCGCGCUGCGCAAUACCAGAAGCCUGUUUACGAAACUUCGCCUCCAAUCGACUACCUCCCCUUCGAAAGUACGACUGCGACAUUUGUGGACACUCUGGAUGGUGUCAAGGAAAUGCUGGAAGAGCUGAAGGCGGCCAAGGAAAUCGCGAUUGAUUUGGAGCACCAUGAUGUGCACUCCUACCAGGGUCUGGUCUCAUUGAUGCAAAUCAGCACACGAAACAAGGAUUGGGUCGUUGAUACACUGAAGCCAUGGAGAGAAGAGUUGCAGAUUCUCAACGAGGUCUUUGCUGAUCCAAAGAUCCUUAAGGUCCUACACGGAUCUACUAUGGAUAUCAUCUGGCUUCAACGCGACCUUGGCUUAUACGUGGUCGGCAUGUUCGACACAUUCCAUGCAGCAUCCGCGCUGGGAUACCCGAAACGGAGUUUGAAGUACCUCCUACACAAAUUCGUCAACUUCGAGGCCGAUAAGCGAUAUCAGAUGGCCGAUUGGCGUAUCCGCCCCCUCCCAUCUGGAAUGUUUGACUACGCGCGCUCCGAUACUCAUUAUCUUCUCUUUGUUUACGACAACCUACGAAACGAACUUAUUGAAGCCUCAAAUGAGGAUGGUAAUCUCGUCGACUAUGUCUGCGAACGAUCAAAGAAUGAGGCACUCCAACGCUACGAGCUUCCUGUUUAUGAUGAAAAGAAUGGGCAAGGCCCAGGAGGAUGGUACGACUUGUUGACUCGCAAUGCGGGCAUGCUGAGCAAGGAACAAUUUGCUGUUUUCAAGGCCGUGCAUCAAUGGCGUGAUGAGGUAGCUCGAGCAGAAGAUGAGGGCUGGCAAUGUGUUUUUCCCAAGCAUAUGCUUUUCCGACUUGCUCAGACCAUGCCACUUGAUAUGCCAACUUUGCUCCGCACCUUAUCUCCUAUGACACCGAUCACAAAGGAGCGGGCAGGCAGUCUCCUCGACGCCAUAAAAGAAGCCAAAAUCGCAGGUGCUACUGGCCCUGAAUGGCGCGACAUUGCACCACCACCAAGGACUCCUUUCAAACCCACCACAGCUGAAUCAGAAAAUACCGAUUUCCCCGUUGCUGAGCGUUGCGAAAUAUCACAAUUCUGGGGUAACGUUCUGGACUUCAACCAACCUCCUCCACCCCCUCAAUACUCGCUCGUUGCGUCCAAUGAGGCACUCCGGCUUUCCCUUCCUUUGCCACCGAUGCCAGCUACUGUAUCAGAAGCUCGAGAACAACUUGGUAUCAUGGAUGAUCCUGCUCCAACUCCGAGUGCACAGCUCGAAUCUGCGCCCGAACCUUCAGCACCAGUAGAAAAUAAGCCUUUCACCGUGAAAGAGCUAGGUGCUCCUCGCAAGCGCAAGGUCACUCCUGUUGGUCAGCCAGAAAAGGAUAUCUUGACUCUUGACGGGUCCGAUGACCUGGAAAUGGACCAAGAGUCUAAGAAAAAGCUUCGCAAAAAGAUGCGCAAAGAGAAGAAGGCUCAAAAGGCCGAGCAAGCUGCGCAGGAGGCUACGCCUUUUGAUUAUGGUGCAGCAGACUCGGUCUUGAACUCCCAUCCUACACAAGCCCCUGGAAAACAAAGCAGGCAAAAGAAAGCGUUCAACCCAUAUGCCAAGGCAUUGGAAGCUCCCUCUGGUGUGCGCAAGAUCAAGCGUGAUGACAGUGGCAAGUCUCUCACCUUCCGAAAGUAG